GAGGGAGUGGAGACCGCGUGGGGAGCGGCGGGGCCAUGGGGCUGGGGAGAAAGAAGGGACAGGGAGCGGGACGCGGAAAGGGGCUGGGAUCAGAACCGGGAAAAAGAAAGGGACAAGGACUGAGAGCGGGACAUGGAAAGGAACAGGGACCGGCCCCGGGAAGGGGCCCAGCCGCCGCUACGCCACGCGGCAGGAAGGAGAAGGCGUUGGUCAACCUGAAGCCCAAGCACCCCGACGAGCAGGAAAUCCCUUUCCGCCUGCGGGAGCUCAUGCAGAGCCGUGAGGCCAUGAAGCACCCCAAGGCCCGGGCAAGGCGGGCAGCAGAGAAGCCACAGCGUCCCCAGGGGACCAAGGCACAGGAGGACAUCCCUGUGCCCAGGUUCCGUCGGCGCAGAGGGGAGUCGGAGCGCUCCUACGUGUGCCGCAUGGAGCGGGAGGUGCAGCAUGUGCUGGUCCUCAGCAAGAACCAGGUGCAACGGGAGCCUGAGAAGGAGGCAGCAGCGCCGCAGAAGUCUCAGAGAAAGAAAGAGUUUCAGAACAAAAAGCUGGACAAACUGCGGAAAAAGAAGGAGGAGAAGAAAGAGGCUUUGCUGGAGAAGAGCCUGUUCCAAGACCCAGUGGCAUUCGGUGAAGUUGUGACAGAGCCACCCACCAUCACCUCACGGCCCCGCAGUGGGGGUCCCACCGAGAAGGUGAGGUUUGGGGGCACGGGGCUCUGUGCCUGUCUCUGCCUCCCUGACCCAUCCCAUCUCUGCCUACAGGCCGGUCGGAAGCGGCUCCUGCUGACACCUCACCUGGGCCAGAGCCGGGCAGCCCCCACUGUGCCAGUAUCACUGGCUCGCCAGCGCAUCGUGCAGGAGGAGCGAGCGCGUGUCAUCCAGGCCUACCGGGACAUCCAGAGGCGCAAGCAGCAGCAGCGGGACGCAGCGCGGGGAGGCACCCAGCCUAGCAGUAGGGUACCAGGCUGAGCCCCCCUGUCCCAGUGAGGGGACGCAACCCCUGGACCCCCGUGAGGAGCAGCGUUAGGAUUGCACCGCCCUUGUGACGGUCAGCUGGGCGCGCAGGCAGCACUGGGGAUGUGGAACCCUGGGGCUCAGUGGGGACUGUCAUCCUGUUCCCACUUUGCUGCCAGUACAGAGACCUGCGCCCUUCCCAGCACCUCGGAGCGGGCGCCCUACAGAAGGCAGGGGCCUGCCUGUGAGGCUGUGGGGCCACGGACUUGCUUGUAGUAAAAGUGCUGAUAAAUGCUGAA